AGAUCAGAUCGAGAUUCUUUUCUGCAUAUCUCACUUUGAGAUUUUCUUACUAUGGUAACAUGUUUCGCUGCAAAUUUGGGAUCUAACUGCUUCAUUAUUUUAGGGAAACAGAUCACUUCUAUAUGAUCUAGUGAAAAAUAAUUUAUUAAUUAAUUAGUUUUUAUGCAAAAACUAUCAACAACGGAAAGGAUUUUAUUAAAAAUGAAUCUCCCCGGUAGAGUCAAAUAAACUGUUGUGAGAAUUAAUUAUUUGAAGAUUGUUAUUCCAAACUCAUAAUUUUAUCAUAACUAAAUGUACUUUAAAAGCUCCAUGCACUAGUUUAGUUUCCUAUAAAUAUCACUGGUCCCCUUCAUCAGUUAACUCGUCGAUCGGUCCUUGGAAUAAAAUAGGCAUCCCUUUUAUAACUUUGAGAAUUAAGCAAGAAAAGAAAAGCACAAUGUCAGAUUCAUCGCCCGUACGUUUCGGCAUAUUAGGUUGCGCUAACAUAGCGCGUAAAGCAUCACGCGCCAUCGCGCUUGCUCCAAACGCCGUUAUCUCCGCCGUCGGCAGCCGUAGCUUUGAAAAAGCAACGGCGUUUGCAAAGGAAAACGGGUAUCCGUCAACGACGAAGAUUUACGGGAGUUAUGAGGCCGUUCUGGAUGAUCCGGAAGUGGAUGCCGUCUACGUUCCUCUACCGACGAGCCUGCAUGUGAAGUGGGCUGCGUUGGCGGCGCAGAAGAAGAAGCACGUUUUAUUGGAGAAGCCGGUUGCGUUGAACGUGAAGGAGCUGGAUGUGAUACUGGAAGAGUGUGAAUCUAAUGGAGUGCAGUUCAUGGAUGCUACUAUGUGGAUGCAUCAUCCUCGUACUGCUAAAAUGAAAGAGUUCCUCUCCGAUUCUCAGCGUUUUGGACACCUCAAAUCGGUACAUAGCACUGUUGCUUAUUUUGGUGACACGGAGUUUCUUAAGAAUAACAUUCGUGUAAAGGCUGAUCUUGAUGCUCUAGGUGCCCUAGGCGAUGUUGGUUGGUACUGUAUACGCGCAAUCUUGUGGAUUACUGAUUAUGAAUUGCCCAAAACAGUGACAGCUCUGCGUGAUCCAAAACUAAAUGAAGUUGGAGUUAUCUUAUCUUGUGGCGCUUCUUUGAGUUGGAAAGACGGAAGGAUAGCAACUUUUUACUGUUCGCUUUUAACCAAUAUUGCCAUGGAUAUCGUUGCUAGUGGAUCCAAAGGAAAUUUGCGGGUUCAUGACUUUGUAAUUCCAUUUCAAGAAAAUGUUGCUCCGUUUUACACGGUGGAAAAUUCAAGGUUUGGUGAACUUGCUACUGUGAUUCAUCCUGCACCAACUGAGCAACAAGUCGGGACAGAUCUUCCUCAAGAGGCUCUCAUGGUAAAGAAGUUCUCUGACCUGGUUGGAAGUAUCAAAGGGAAAGAUUAUAAACCAGACAAGAAGUGGCCAACAAUUAGUAGAAAGACACAACUUGUGGUGGAUGCUGUCAAGGCAUCAAUUGAGAAAGGUUUCGAGCCCGUUGAGGUCAUCUAUUAGUUGGUGUUCAGCUAUAUAUCUUUCCUGUGUAAUUGGAACGCACUAUAUUACUGUAUCUGAACAUGGUAUUCACUGAAUUGGCCGUGCUGUAUUUCUGAAUAAGGCGUUAUCUGAUUGUUAUCUUUUAUGUA